ACCCCAAACAAAGGGGUGAGGCGAGGGGUGCCAUCGAUCGCUGGUUUUGUUUGGAGCCUGAGCGCUUGCCGGGCCUUCUGAGCUCAUAAUCCUAUUGGCAGACUAUCGACAAAAGGCGGGUCUUCGGGAGGAGUCAGUGGGAAGCGAAAGUGUCAAUGUCAAACAGCGAAACAAGCCUGGAUCAGCUGUUUCUGGAGAUUACUGCAACAUCCACUGAUAAAGCCACCGGGGACAGAGGCACAGGUAGCUGCUGCAUUAGAUUGAUAGCCGUGAUCGGAAAGGGAAGACGCCGUCGAACCUAUUGUUUCCAGGAAACAUGAAUACACUACCGAGAAAGAGCGUGCUUGCACUGUGCAGAAACGCCACCAGCUGCGUCGUGAAGAUUCUUUCCAGUCAUGCGGGUUACCCUGCAGCACGGGCGACCAGCGGAGCGUAUCUCGGAGGGGUGAGGGUUUGUCACAAUGGGACAGGACGUAAGACCAGCGUCAGCACCAAGAAGCGCGGCUAUGACAUCACGAGAAACCCUCACCUGAACAAGGGCAUGGCCUUCACCCUGGAGGAGAGGCAGCAGCUGGGGAUACACGGCCUGCUACCCCCCUGUUUCCUCACGCAGGACGUCCAGGUGCUCCGAGUCAUGAAGAGCUACGAGACACGCAGCAACCCCCUCGACAAGUACAUCCUGCUAAUGACCCUCCAGGACAGGAAUGAGAAGCUGUUCUACCGCCUGCUGACGUCUGAUAUUGAGGAAUUUAUGCCUAUAGUUUACACACCCACUGUAGGGUUGGCCUGCCAGCAGUACGGCCUGGCCUUUAGGAGACCACGGGGCCUCUUCAUCACCAUCCAUGACAGAGGCCACAUUGCCACCAUGCUGAACUCCUGGCCUGAGGAGAACAUCAAGGCCAUCGUGGUGACAGAUGGGGAGCGGAUCCUGGGGCUGGGCGACCUGGGCAGCUAUGGCAUGGGCAUCCCGGUGGGCAAGCUGGCGCUCUACACGGCUUGUGGAGGAGUGCCACCCCAGCAGUGCCUGCCUGUCCUGUUGGAUGUGGGCACCGACAAUCAGACACUCCUGGACGACCCCCUGUAUAUUGGCCUGAAGCACAAGCGUGUGCGGGGGAAGGAAUAUGAUGACCUCAUUGAUGAGUUCAUGCAGGCUGUCACUGACAAGUAUGGGAUGAACUGUCUGAUUCAGUUUGAGGACUUUGCCAACAACAAUGCCUUCCGCGUCCUCAACAAGUACCGCAACCGAUACUGCACCUUCAAUGACGAUAUCCAAGGCACAGCCUCUGUAGCAGUUGCUGGGAUACUGGCAGCACUGAGGAUCACUAAAAACAAACUCUCUGACCACAAGUUUGUGUUCCAAGGGGCAGGAGAGGCUGCGUUGGGGAUCGCUCACCUGCUCAUCAUGGCGAUGGCGAAGGAAGGCAUCCCCCAUGCUGAGGCUGUCAGGAGGAUAUGGAUGGUGGAUUCCAAGGGCCUCAUCGUGAAGGGGAGAGGCCAUCUAAACCACGAGAAGGAGGAGUUUGCUCAUGAACACCCUCCCGUGAAGACCCUGGGGGAGGUAGUACAGAUCAUCAAGCCCUCUGCAAUCAUUGGGGUGGCAGCCAUCGCUGGAGCGUUCACAGAGAAAAUUAUAAAGGACAUGGCAACCUUUAAUGAGAAGCCUAUCAUCUUUGCCCUCAGCAACCCCACCAGCAAAGCCGAGUGUACCGCUGAGCAGUGCUACACUCUGACUGAGGGUCGUGGCAUAUUUGCAAGUGGAAGCCCCUUUAAAAAGGUGACUUUGGGAGAUGGGCGCACCUUCUACCCUGGCCAGGGUAACAAUGCCUACGUGUUCCCCGGUGUGGCAUUGGGUGUGAUUGCCUGCGGGGUGCGACACAUCUCUGAUGAAAUCUUCCUCACGACAGCUGAGGCAAUAGCAGAGAUGGUGACAGAGGAGCACCUGGCAGAGGGGAGACUCUACCCUCCCCUCAGCAACAUCAGGGAGGUGUCAUUCAAAAUUGCUGUCAAGAUUGUGGAUUACGCCUACAAGAAGGGCAUCGCCUCCUUGUACCCUGAGCCUAAAGACAAAGAGGCCUUCGUCCUGUCGCAAGUGUACAGCCCUGACUAUGACUCAUUCACCCUGGACAGCUAUGACUGGCCCCAGGCUGCAAUGAAGGUCCAGGAUGUGUAAACGCUCACAGGGCCAGCCUUCUCUCUCUCUGCUGAGAGGGACUGAAAUAACCGCUGUGCUCCUUGUCUCUCUCAUGUAGCUCCCC